UUAAGUAAUUUGAGUGUAAGAAAAGCGCAGAGAAAGUAGCCCAAGGGUGAAGGAAAUCUCUGGAAUUUUCUUUGGCCUAAUAAAUAUACGUUUCUUGUUUUCCAAGGCCUGUGAAUCGGAAUUGGGAUUUAAAUUUAAUCAUUAUGUCUGUUUCUUCAAUCGGAAUCACGAACAACAUGGAAGUGAGAAUUGGGCAAAGGGUUUCUCGCGGAAUGCUCCCUAUCCUCGCUCUCCACACCUUCAGCGAGUAUUACCGCUCCGACCACAAACCUCCGGUCACCGCCGCCCUCAUCGCCGCCAACACCCUCAUCUACCUCCGCCCCUCCUUCCUCGACCCCCUCAUUCCCCCCAUCGAACAAGUCUGGUUCAACCCUCACCUCAUCCUCAAGAACAAGGACAUGAAACGCUUCUUGCUGUCACCGUUUUACCACAUCGGAGAACCGCACCUGGUCUACAACAUGCUAUCCCUUCUCUGGAAGGGGUUUCAGUUGGAAACCUCAAUGGGAAGCGUCAAUUUCUCUUCCAUGGUCGCUUCCUUGCUCGUUCUCUACCAGGGCGUAACCCUAAUGCUAUCCAAAUCACUGCUUCUGUUCUUCGACUACGAGAGAUCCUACUACAGCGAAUACUCCGUCGGAUUCUCCGGCGUCCUCUUCGCCAUGAAAGUCGUUCUCAAUUCCCAAUCGGAGAACUACACCUCCGUCUACGGAGUCAUCGUCCCGUCCCGUUACGCUGCGUGGGCCGAAUUGGUUCUAGCUCAGCUUCUCGUGCCGGGUGUGUCGUUUCUCGGCCAUCUCGGUGGCAUUCUGGCGGGGCUUCUUUAUCUGAAGCUGAGGAGUACUUAUUCGGGUUCUAACCCUAUAAAAGUUGUCAUUAGAGGGAUUGUUGAUGCUGUCAAGUGGCCUUUUAAGUUCUUGCCGCGGCGGGGACGGAUCACCGGAAGGGGAACCGUUGGAAGUAACAGGGCGUGGAGAUGCCAGACGUGUACCUAUGACAACAACAAUGGCUCCCUGAGAGUGUGUGAGAUGUGUGGGACCAAUAGGGGUGUGAGUGGGGUGUCUUCUUUUCAGAGGACUUCCCGUUCUGAUGGGCUUCCUUUGGAUGAGUUGCGUCGCCGGAGAAUCGACAGAUUUGGAGGCAGCUGAUCGUGGUUUUCAGGUCACUGCAGGAUCUGGUAAAUAAUACCAUUGGAUAUGGCCAUUGAGAUUUAGAUUUCACACAUGUUAGCUGUUGAAUUAUAAUGACUUUGCAAUGAAUGUUUUCAUGCUAUGCUAGAUUGAUUUGGCAUUUUCUUAAAUAAAAUUUGGAUACUUUUUUCUAUUAAAA